AUGGCGACCCCUGCGACCGAAUCGACAGAGACGAUCACGACGAUGCCCAUGUCGAGUAUCUUCACUGCCCCCGCCUCAUGCUCGAACUCGUGGACAUUCGAACCACAGGCUGCAAACAAUGUCCCAAAUGGUAUCCUAAUUCAAAACGCCGUCGCGAACGACAAUGCCGAUCCUGCGUGUUUUCCUUCCGGGUACAGUCAGUAUGGAAGAACUCGAGCGACUAUCGCCUAUAGCCCAGGCUAUUGUCCAGGUGGAUACACCUCGGCCGAUUUAGUGAUUCACAACCCGGCGACCACUGCCAUGUGCUGUCCCUCUCACUUCUCCUACUACGAAGAAGAAAGGGAGGGCUCCACGACAUUCGCCGGAUGUCUAAGCCAUCUCCCUAGUUCAUCAUCUACCAUUGUCACCGUCCGCCAGGUCGACCACGAGAGCACACAGGUCAUCGGUCCCGUCACGAUGUGGGCGCAAGCAAUCCAAGUCCAGCUAAAAGCUUCAGACAGAAGCCUGUUUGUAUCCGCCACUACGACCGACACCUCGUCAGGCCAGACCGGCAGCGCAACAUCAACACAAACGGGUCCAACAACUACGUCAGACCCAGACACGGAGACAGAGACAAGCGGCCUGUCGACAGGAGCAAGAAUCGGCGUUGGCGUCGGUGUCGGCGUAGCAGGACUCAUUAUAAUCGCCGCGUUGGCAUUUUGGUUAUUCCGCCGACGCCAGAAGAAAGCGCAGAAGGGUCUCCCGGACACGUCGUCAUUCGGAGGGAGCCGCCCAGAACCCAGCGAGCUUGGGGGGAGCACUCAAUUUGGUACAAACCCAUCAUACCAACGCGCAGGACAGGCAACACCGAGCGAGCUUGGUGGGAGUUCGCAGGCGGGGACGUCUAGUAGUGCGGCGAACGCGACUGGUCCUUCUGAACUGGCGGGAGAUCCGGGCCAGAAGUCGGUGCAUGAACUUGGUGCUUAG